AUUUUAUUUUAGAAAGAAAAAAACAAAAGAAAAAUCCGUCUGUCAAGAGAGAGCAGUUCCUUCCCUAACCUUGCUCUUCUUUUUCGCAAAACCCCCAUUUUCCCCAUCACUUUCUUGAUAGUUCUUCCCAUUCCAUUUCGAUCGAAGGGUCCACCAGCUUCAACAAUGGCAGCAACUGAAGAUAGAAGUCACCAUCGAAACGCCAGGAUCUUCUUCCUUUUACACAAGGGAAUAACUAAAAGGAAAAAGGAAUCAAUGACUCUUCAUUUGCAUAAUCCGUCUGCCUGUUCCCCAGAGCGAUUCCUUCCCAUCCUUUAAAUCAGGUACUCUUCCCGAUUUGGGCAAUUAAGAGCAGUGGAGAAAGUUGCAGAAUACUUCCGUCUUUUUUCUUCACAAUGGCCCAGCAGAGCUCUGUCCAAACAAGGGCCUACUUCAAUUCAUUUCACUACCCAUUUAAUAUAUCCACGGUUCCUCUUCAGCCCGCGCCAUUGCCCGACAGGCGUAGGAUUCUUGUUUGCCAUGAUAUGGCUGGUGGAUAUAUAGACGAUAAAUGGGUUCAGGGUGGAACUAAUCCAGAUGCUUAUGCAAUAUGGCAUUGGUAUUUGAUCGAUGUUUUUGUGUACUUCUCGCAUGAUUUGGUCACGCUUCCCCCUCCAUGUUGGACAAAUACUGCUCACAGGCACGGUGUUAAGGUGCUAGGGACAUUCAUUCUGGAAGAGGGGGGAACAGAUGUUCGGGAUACCUUGCUUUCUUCAAAGGAUUCUGCUGAAAUGUAUGCAGAGCGCUUAACCGAGCUUGCUAUUGCGUUGGAUUUGAUGGAUGGCUGGUAUUGCUUAAAGUUUUCCUACCUAGAUUGCAAUUCUGUAACUUCAUUGAAAUGUGCAUAUGAAUCCUAUAUCUUAUUAGGUAUGAAUAUGGAAAUCUCUAUGAGUCUUCAGCAAGUUACUCAUUUGAAAGAAUUUGUGAGCCAUUUAACCCAGUCUAUGCAUUCUAAGCUACCUGGGUCUUUAGUUAUAUGGUAUGACAGUGUUACAGUGGAUGGUUACCUUUACUGGCAAAAUGAAUUGAAUGAGAAAAAUAAACCUUUCUUUGAUAUCUCGGAUGGAAUAUUCGUAAACUACAAUUGGAAUGAAGGCACUCCUGAAAAAUCUGCUGUUGUUGCUGGAGAGAGAAAGCAUGAUGUGUACAUGGGCAUUGAUGUUUUCGGGAGGGGUACCUUUGGUGGUGGAGGAUGGGAUGUAAGCCUACUAACCCUAUGAGGUGUAUUGAGUAUUGUCAUGUGUUAUCACUAGUCAACAAGCAUCAUAGUUAGCAUAAUUUGGAGACCUUUAUAGUUAAAUAUAUGAUAAUUGGUUACAUAAUUCUGUUAUCAAGGUAAACCCUUAUAUGUUUGUCCAUGUAGCCUUUACACAUUACCUUUUCAACUUUCAAGUAUAAAAGAAUGUCGUGUUACUUUUUUUUUGAAAAGGAAACAUGACUUUUCAUUGAUAAAAUGAAAAGCAACUAAUGCUCAAGGAUACAAUAACCUUCAAGAGGAAAGAGAAUAUGUGAGCAAACAAAAUG